AAAGCGUAAUACAUACAUUCAACCACCGUGGGUUUGCUGUGCUUAGAAAAAUUCUACCAGUUUAUGGGCUGAUUAAGUGCAGAUUCAAACAGAAAAUAAAUUAUUAAUACCCAUUAAGAACAAAGAUUCAAUUUAGCAUCUGAAGUAUUUCAUCUCAAAACUAGAUGGACGUUCUUACGUCAACAAAACUCCACUCAAGAUGUCAAGUUAAACGUAUUGUUAUUAUUAUUUGCACAAUCAACAUUUUACUAUAUGGUUUGUGUUUUUAUCUAAUCUAAUAUUCAAAAAUUGAUCUAUCAAGCCCUUGCCUUUUAAAAUCUUUUAACCAAUCAAAUUCUCAAGUAUCACAGCGAUUCUUCUGAUUGGCCAGUGAGCGGAGAUUCUUAUCCUUGCACUCUUUAAAUCUGCCUCUGUUCUGCACUGAGCCUUUGUAAUACUUUUUAUACACAUUAAACAAAAAAUAUUCUGUUUGUUUAUUAUUAAAUACCGAAUAUAGCAAUAACAAUGGUCGAGCAGUUUGUUGGUAAAUGGAAAAUGACUUCAAGUGACAAUUUUGAUGAAUACAUGAAGGCUGUAGGUGCUGGUUUUGCUUCUAGGCAAAUGGCUAACCUAGCAAAACCCAGUCUGUCGAUUGCUGUGAAUGAGCAGGGCUUCAUCUCUAUGAAAGCUGUCACUACCUUCAAGACCCUGGAAAUCAAAUUCAAAUUAGAUGAAGAAUUUGACGAGACAACAGCAGAUGACAGGAAAGUCAGGACUACUUUGAGCCUUGAAGAUGGCAAACUUAUUCAAAAGCAGACCUGGGAGGGGAAGACCACAAUAAUCGAAAGAGAGAUUCAAGACUCCAAAAUGAUAGCGAAAUGUGUCAUGGAUGAUGUGGUCGCUAUCAGGACAUAUGAGAAAGAUGCAUGAUGAAAGAUGCACAAACUCUGGGCUUUAAGACCAAUUAAAGACCUCAUUAGAUUUUAAUUUGGUUGAAUUUGACUGAUUUAAU